GGAGUGGCCUCAGCUGCCCACGGUCUCCCCAGCAGUAGGAGUGGCCUCAGAGCCCCGGUCUCCCUGUGUGGCUUGUCGGUGUGGGAGGAACAGUUCCUCUCGCUCCUCUCAUUCCUCUCAGCCUCAAAGAGCCAAGGGCGGAGAAGAGGGAUGGCGGAAAACGGCUCCGAAACAAGUGGCCCCGUUCAUCGGAGGUGUUUGGCUCAUCCUGCCGGGGAGAAUAAUCACACAUCCCGCGUCGGUUCAUCCAAGUGGAUCCGUCUGAACGUCGGGGGAACGUGUUUUCUGACCACCAGACAGACGCUGUGCCGCGACCCCAAGUCGUUCCUGUACCGCCUGAGCCAGGCGGACCCCGAGCUCGACUCCGAUAAGGAUGACACCGGGGCGUACCUCAUCGACCGAGACCCCACGUACUUCGGCCCGGUGCUCAACUACCUGAGGCACGGAAAACUGGUGCUCAACAGAGACCUGGCAGAGGAAGGCGUGCUGGAGGAGGCGGAGUUCUACAACAUCCCGUCGCUCAUCAAGCUGCUGAAGGACUCCAUCCGAGAGCGGGACUGCAGAACCUCCCAGGCCCCGGUGAAGCACGUGUACCGAGUGCUGCAGUGCCAGGAGGAGGAGCUCACCCAGAUGGUGUCCACCAUGUCCGACGGCUGGAAGUUUGAGCAGCUUGUCAGUAUAGGCUACGGGCCCGCCCACCAGUCAGAGUUUCUGCUGAUUGUGUCGCGGGAGGUGAGGGGAGAGGCGCCCGCUCUGCCAGUCGCCAGCGGACAGCUGGUCAGCAUCGGCUCGUCCUAUAACUACGGCAACGAGGACCAGGCGGAGUUCCUGUGUGUCGUCUCCAAGGAGCUCCACAACCAGUCCUACGGGCCCAACAGCGAGCCCAGCGAGAAGGCCAAGAUCCUUCAGGAGCGAGGCUCCCGCAUGUGAGUCAGUGUUAGGAGGAGCCGGGGUCCCAGGCAGCGCUCCUCCAGGGGCCCGGGGGCCCCCGCCGCUCAACGGGGGGGGGGGGGGGGGGCUUUUGCUUCUGUUUCCCACCAUUGUUUUUAUUUUUUAUUUUAAAUGCUUGAUGUAAAUAACUCUUUACUAUUUGGUGCCUGUAUAGUUGGGUUUAUUAUUUUCUCUCAAACCAAACGAUAAGUUGUGUGGGGAGGGUUUUUGUUUUCAUGCUACAAACGGAUCCCCCAGCCCAGCCAGGGGCCCAGCCAGGGGCCCAGCCAGGGGCCCCAGCGCGUCCCGCCGCCUCGCCGUCCGGCUGAAGGGGGGCCCCUAGGUGGGCCCCACGGCGGGGCCUCGGCACGCUGGCCCCGGGCCGUUCCCCAUCAUCCUGCCCCCUGCCUGGUUCUGUCCAGAACGCGGCAGGGGGCAGGAUGAGACGGACCAACUUGUUGUCCUUUUGGUUUUCAGCUUUGAGUCUUCCUUGUGUUCAGAAAACAUGUUUCAGUGGGUUUUAAAAGUGUUUUUGUAAUUGUUUAGGAUGUAUUGUUUACCCUGACCCCCCCUGACCCCCCUUCCAUGGUGGGGUCGUUUGGCUUCUUCACUGACUUCUGCAUUCGUCAGAACCAAGUUUACGUCUUUAGUCCGAGGGAACACAGGUUUCAUCACGGUUUAUUUUUUAGGUGUGUGUUUGGGGGGGGGGGAUCUUUUUUCUGUAAAAGUUGUAGGGGGUUUGAACUGUCCAACAGACGGAGGUGAAGGAAUAUUUGUUCAUAUCCAUGGUUUUGUCAUGUACAUAUGUCCAAUAUUAAUAUUUAACUCAUAAAACUGCACGUUUUGUACACUGUAUAGGAAGCACAACUUCAAGUCGAAGUUGUUUAUACUGGAACUUUAAAAGCUAGAAACUCUUGGAACAUUUUGGACUCCUUUUUCGCGUUGUUUGUAAAGGAUUUUAGACCUUUAGAGAUUUGCAAGUUAGUAGUAAAAUGGCUGACAUGGACUAUGAUUUAUUUUUUACAAAUAAUCUGCCUGGAACGUGUUUUGAUAUCCUUUAACAAAGAUUAGCCUUGGCUGUAUAAGAAAUGGACUGUUACAUUUUAGGAGUGCAAUAGAGAUACGGCAGUGUGACACAUCUAGGAAGCAUCUGAACUCACCGCUCUGCAGUGGGGACGACACUGCGCAGCGAUGGGACCUGCACUCGCACACUGCAUUGUACAACACAUUUUUUUACAUCGAGAGCCGUUUUCGCUUUCAAGAGUUGUUUUGACUGUUGGUCUUUUUUAUUUUAUUCACAUAUAACCCGAUAGUGAUGCCUCCUCAGCCCCAACGACCACCCCAAUGUCUUACGUACGCUCUACAGACUGAAAUGAGUGUCAGGGAUGUGCGUUUGUUUCUGCUGGCAUAUUAUGUGUCUAUACCGAAUUGUUAAUGCGACACCAACCUUUUACUCGGUACACUUACUCACUUGACAAAUACACGUUUAUAUAUUAAGAUACACUUCUAAGGAAGCAUGUUUUUGUACAAACCAACAUCUUUCCAACACCAACACAAAGGGCUUUCAAAAUGGUACAUUUGAGGUGUGGGUUUUUUGUUUCAAACCUGCAAAUGGUUGAAUCAAAAUGAAGUCUAUUUCCUGCCAGAGCUGGCUGUUUACAUUUAGCUGUAGUAUUCUGAAGCCUUCCAAUUACACUGUCUUGCACUCCUUCACAUACCAUAACAUAGUCCGACUGGUUUGAUAUCAACUCCCUUCCCAAUCCAUAUUGACCAACCUUUACACAUCUUAUCCAUAUAUCUUAUACCUUCAUAUUAAUCAAGCAAUUACCUUAGGCCUGGGUGCCGCAGACAAUCUAAUGUUUCAAAAGCUUGCUCAGAAAGUGAAGCUCGGAGGACCAAACCAAGUCCCGUGUGCUGCUUGUGGGGGUCGUCCAUGGAGGUCUAGACCUGCUUUAGGUCUGGUCUGACCCGGGGCUCCGGGUCUGAUCCGGGGCCGCGGGUCUGGGCUCCUCACACCGCCUCGGGGGUCUGACAUUGCUCCUUCAGACCGGUGGUCUGCUCACCAUCGUAAACCAUUGUCUUUAAUCAUCAUGUUAUUUGAUAUCAAACGUGUGGCCUAAUAACUGCAAGUGGCCGGUUUACUUUUUGGAAUAAUGCGAUGGAUUAGUAAACUGCAGGCCACUGUAACUCAUGAUGGACGAGCAACCAACUUGUAAUGGAGGAAAUGAAUGUCAUUUUAUUCUCAAUAUGAUGCAUAUUAAUGUGUAAUGUUCUCAUAUCACAACAUCACUUAUAACUUCUAUAUGAUCUUAUGCAAUGUUUAAAAUUUAAAAAUAAAGUUGCUGGGGUAGAUCUUAGGUAUUGCAUAAGGUUAACCCAAUAAAAUAUAUAUCUAUA